CACAUGUAUUUACAUAAACAACUGCUGUGUCUGUACUUUAAAGUCGAGGAAAAAAGUUUUGUCUAAAAAAAAUGAAACCAAAUGCGUGUGCAAUGAAUGGAUGAGCAAAUGCAAGACCAGUGAAGGAAACCCUAACCGACAGCUCACACACCGACACAACGUUGCUAUGAAUACUGCUAUCUCUAUACUAACACUGAAGCAAAUGUUAGGCCAACUUUUAUGAGACGGCGUAACCCACAACACAAUACUGUUUAACUGAAUCAUAAGCACUUAAUAUUAAGUAACCAUUUAUUUGUAUAACUUGUGAUACCAUUGAGGAGAUAAUUGGAGAAAUACAAGACAUUAGAUGUGAACAAUGGCCACUUCGGAUCAAUGGCUUACCGAUUAUGAUAUCAUUGAUGAAAAUGGCAACGAAUUGAUGCAUAAAAUUAGUCAAAGAAAUCAGUUCCCGAAGAAUUCAAUUGCAUUUUCGCGAACUGACAUUCAGGUCCAGCAAAUGAUGAAGAAUUUUAGUCAACGAUUAUCACAAUUACAGCAACAAUUGAUCCAAAACUCGAAAUCUAAUCAAUUAACUACGGCCGAAAUGGAGAGACGGCAACGACUGGUCGAUAAUUUGAACUAUAGAUACAAACAAAUGGAGAUAUCGUUGGCCAACCCGGACGCUGACCGCAGAAGUGCUCUUUUGGGAAAUCAAAGUCAAUCAAUAUACGGAACAAAUGGCAAUCAAGACAUCGAAAGGGGCGAAACUACUGCCGACCGAAACCUAACGUCACAGCAAUAUCAACAACAACGACAACUCUUGAUGAGAGAACAAGACAAAGGUUUGGAGUCGUUAUCAGAAAUAAUUGAACGACAAAAACAUUUGGCUCAAGGAAUCAGCUCUGAAAUCGACAUACAAAAUGAAAUAAUUGAUGACAUCGGAGAUGCAAUGGAUCAGACAAACGAUCGACUUUUAAGAAAUACUAGAAAUAUAAGAAAAGUUGGUCUAAAAUCGGGAACUUGUUGUUAUUGGGUAAUCAUUACACUAUUAUUUGUAGCAAUUAUCACCGUUUCAUUUAUUUAG